AUGCAAGAGCCAGCAUACAACCCCGAAUGCCCCAUGGCAAAGACCACCAUCGCCUACCAAUAUAAACUAGUCAACUGUCCCGGAAAGACCAUCAUCGGCAUGCUGGUCGAAUAUCCCCCGAACGGCGCCACACCUCCCCAUCGCCACGGAGGCGCCUCGGUCUCCGCGUAUGUGAUCCACGGCGCCCUCUUGAACAAAAUGAACAACGAUCCUUUGAGAGUAAUUGAGCAAGGCGGUGCUUGGUAUGAGGCGCCGGGCUGUCACCAUCGCAUCAGUGCCAAUGCCAGCCAGACUGAUCCAGCGGCGUUCUUCGUUACGCUUGUGAUUGACUCUGAGACGUUGGAGCGAGAGGGGCCGUCGGUGCUGGUCCAGAUUGAUGAGGAAUAUAAGGAUAUCGUGGCGAAGAAGCAGGGGGGAGCAUGA